AUGUUUGCAACUUUACCAGACUUUACCCCGCGAGACUCGCACUCGCUGUGGUACACGUCCUCGCGCGCGCCCAUCCUCGGCGGCCUGCCCGACGGCCCGGAAGGCGGCGCCGACAUUGUCCAUAACCAAUUCCCUCACGGCCCGAAUGGUCCUCCUCAACGGCAGCGUGGCCACAUCAUCGAACGAACGGCGUUGGCGCGUCUCGCCGCCGACGAGGCGUACAUGCAGCGACGCCGCAACGGCAUACAAAACUAUGGCAGCACGUGGCUGAGGCCUCCUGGGCUCCCCAAAACGCUCCACCAGAUGCGAGAGGAGAAGCGCGAGCAGGAAGAGCAUCAAGAGGCGAUGCGCAGGGAGCAGCUAGCACAGGAACUCGCCGAGGCCGAGGCCGAAGCGGCCGGCGGAGGCGAAGACGCCAUGGACGACGUGCAGCUCGACGGCGCGCAGGAUCUGGACGAGGAGAUUCCCGACGCGGAUGAUGAGUUUGCGCUCGGCGGCGGCAGCGACAGCGAAGAGGAAGAAGAGGACGACGACGAAGAGGAGGAGAACGUAGCGGACGUGAGCGCCGCAGAGGAAGCGCUGCGGGAAGAGCGCCGCAACGACCUCAUGGCUGCGCGCAUGCGCAUGACGGACGACGCGUUCCGGGAGGCGUUGGUUCGCGGCGACCCGGACGGCGACGACAUGUACGGUGGCGGCGAUGAGGAGCUCGACGCGCUCGGGCAGGGCCACAUGCUAGACGAGGAGGAUUUCGCGCCGAGCUCGCUGCUAGACGACGGCGGCGACGUGGACUUGGGCAUGGACGCGAAUCUCGACGACGACAUUCCCUCGGCCGAGGAGGAAGAAUACGAUGCGGGCUACGAACACACAGACUCGGACGCCGCGCUGUCGAGCGACGACAACAACCACCACCACCACCACCACGACAGGGAGAGUUCGGAGGAGGAAGAGGAGAGCUUUGGCUUCGCGCCGCGGGCGGCGCCACUGAGGCCGCCGCAGAGCCCGACGCUGCGCGGACAGCCGCAUAGACGCAGCAAUGCAGGGGCAACGCCGCGAGGCCCGCGUUCCAGCAUGGAUCUGAGUGCAUUCUUGUCGCAGGAUGAGAGCAGCUUCAUGGACAGCAGCCCCGCGCAAGGGCGUCGCAACAUGCGCGGUUGA